ACUCAUGAAGUCACAGCUGCUUGUAGUUGCGUAUUUUUACCACCAGGUGUCAGAGUCUCACAGCUGAGGACGCCUCCCUGUGCAGAGGAAAGGCGACUGAACACCUUUCAUAUUAAGAUCCUUUAUCCACCCCGCUGGCAGGUUUUCUGUCACGAAUGUGAAAGGCUUUUACUUUUUAAAGCCCUUUCGCGUAACCGGAAGCCAGAUUUUAUUGCGUUUUUCCCGUCUGACUUGACGCGUCUCUCCAUGGCAGCGUUCAGUGGCUGAUCCACGCGUCACGCUCCAUCACUUCGUGCGUGUGUUGUGUGCCGCUACAUGAAGGCAGCUGCUCGGAGACAAGCGGCCAGAUGCGGAGACGCGAUGUGACAGGCGGCCGCGCGUAAUUUGGAGAGAGUGUGGUGCGCGAGAGUGCAUGCAGCCGCUGUACGUGCUGUGAUUUGACAAUUGUGGACGGCAGAUGCGGUUGGAGUGAGUCCAGGGAUGCUGCGGCGUUUCUUGCUGCCGGAGUGCCGCCGCGCAACGAGGGGCUGUGCCCCCAACUUCUGCUGAGAGAGGAGAAGCCGUUUUAAUUUUUACGCGUUUUAAUAACCCACGAUGGAUCACUCCCGGGACCUUUAAGCGUCCCCUGAGGUGAUCUCGCUCGCUGCUGUGGGGCUGUGGGAGUGCACGCUGUCUCUCCUCCCCAGCCUGCAGACAUGGGGAAUAGUUUCUCCAAUCUGGCUGCCUUCCAGUCCCUGCACAUAGUCAUGCUCGGCUUGGACUCUGCGGGCAAAACCACCGUCCUCUACCGGCUCAAAUUCAACGAGUUCGUCAACACGGUGCCCACCAUCGGCUUCAACACGGAGAGGAUCCGGCUGGGCGGCGCGGGGGCCUCUAGGGGCAUCAGCUGUCACUUCUGGGACGUCGGGGGCCAGGAGAAGCUGCGGCCCCUGUGGAAGCCUUACAGCCGCUGCACGGACGGCAUCGUGUACGUGGUAGACUCUGUGGACACCGAGAGGCUGGAGGAGGCUCGCACCGAGCUGCACAAGAUCACCCGGUUCGCCGAGAACCAGGGGACACCGCUCCUGGUUAUCGCCAACAAGCAGGACCUGCCCCGGGCUCUGGACGUCGGGGAGAUCGAGAGGCAGCUCGCUCUGGCGGAGCUAAGCCCCUCCACACCGUACCACGUCCAGCCGGCCUGCGCCAUCAUCGGAGAGGGACUGGACGAGGGCAUGGACAAGCUGUACGAGAUGAUCGUGAAGAGGAGGAAGUCAUUGAAGCAGAAGAAAAAGAAGCAGUGAUGCCAGGCUUUGGCUGGAUGAUGGCUAAUAAACUAUGACAUAUCCCAUCUAUAGAAACAGGAUGGAUUAAACAAAAAAAGAAAGAAGAAAAAACACCACAGAAAUACUGCAAUUCUCCAUAUAGGAGGAAAAUAUACUCAUAGGGAUGCAAAAUGAGCUGAAAAUGCAUAUCACAUAACUCAUUAGCAUCCAUACUUUCCUGUAGGAAUGCGUAUUUGCAGAAGAAAUCUAUAUAGUAUAAUCAUGAAUAGCAUAAAUUCUAAAAAAUAGUGAUAUUAAAGUCAGAUUUAUGGGAAGAAUAUUGAUUGUUUACCUUGGUAGAUGACUGUUUUAAUGUUCUUCACAGGCAGUUGUGUCUGUGCACACUGUGGCUCUCUCUGCACUCUCCCUGAUGGAGGAGUAUUAAUAGGACUGUUUCAUUAGGGAUGUGUGUAUUGUAGCGGAGAUGUUUUAUAAAGUGUAUUGAUCCACUGGCAGAGCUCCCUGUUGCUGUGCUGUGCACAGAUGUGAGAAGGCUGCUGUAAAUGUGAUUAGGGAUGCACUCAUGCACAGGUCAGUGUUUAGAGCUGCGAGGUGGUGUUACACCAAAGAUGAUUCCCAAGAGAUGACACAGAAACUCUGCUUUGGUGGGGUUUUUUGUUGUUGUUGUUGUUUUUUUACAGCCUUCCCUGCCAAACUGAGAUAUAGAUAUAUAUAUGUCUGGAAUGACUGGCUUAUGAGGAAAAUAAUUAAAUAAACUAUGUUGUAUAGAAUGAAUUUGAGCUAUAUGAAAUCAGUUCUUCCUCAUCCCUCAUCUUGCUCAUUUUCUGUGUCUUCCUCAGUGGAACCACCUUUGAUUAUCCCUCCUCUUGAAGUCAAGUUGAAGGCCUUCUGCUCUGUGACAAGCUGAUUUGAUCUGUUUUGGAGAAUUUUACUAAAGCUGCAUCUGUUUUUUUCCCUAUUUUUAGCAGUUCAACUUUUUUCAGCUAUAUAUGCAACUGUUUUAUGUAUUUAAUGCAAUAUUGCCACAAGAAUAAUACGGCUUGAUGGUACAAGAGUUGCACAUGGACACUGUGGGUCCAUUUAAGCCAUUAUAUGUAAUUGUUGCUAUAGUUCAAGCUUAAUUGUACCUAAUAAAAACUGGACAUUGUACAUUAAUAUAACUGUUGUUAGGGUUGGCUGAUAAAUACAGCAAACACUGAUUAUAUUAUUUGUGUAUCCAUCUACUCUUACUUUUCACACAAAAUUCUCUCUUAAAUUCUCAAACUUAAAUUUAGUUAUAUAAUAAUGCUGAAUGGAAGGGAAAUUACACAACCAAUUAAUCAAACUACCAUCAGAAAUCUUACACCAAAACAUGACAUAGUCAUCAGCAUAUAGAGUCAUUUUUAGCUGCUUUAGUUGCUCUAAAGCAAACCAGCUGCCCCUCAGAGUUCUUGAGAAGUGUUAUGAGUGCAUCCCAGACUGAUUCAACCUGCUGGCAGUGAAAGGACACGUGUUCAGAGCCUGUUUUCAUCUCCAAGGUGCCAAAAAUCUACAUCUUGUCAAAGCUGCUGGUAUUUUAGAGAUGCCUCAAUUUGGCAUUACUAUCACAGGAGUGGAUAUUUUUAGUCAGCUGUUUGGAAAAAACAGCAAAUACAAUUUUUGUUCCUCAAGCGCAGAAUGUUUUAAAAGUCCCAAUGUUGUUGUUUUAAAUAACAGCGAUACUAAUAACAGCCAUACAAAGUCAAAAUUUUAACUCAAAUAUUAUAACUCAAAACUAAAACUUAAAAUAACUCAAAACUGAGAAAAUAACUUGACAUUUUGAGGUAACUCAAAAUGUCAACUCAGCUCUGCUGAUCUGGAAUUGUUUCCCCCCGUAGUCAAACAGCCCUAAUUGAGAUGUGAUAUUUUAUCCCAAAUCAAUAUUAUUUUUAGUCACCAAAUGCCAUGUAAAAUGUAAAAAAAA